GUGGGGCUGGCAUUUGCGGCGCUGCUGGUCGCGCCGGCGUCAGCGGCGGUGGGCCGCAUCCUGCACUUCUCGGACGUGCACCUCAACAUCUCCGCGUCCUUCUCGGCCGCCGACAACGCGCGCAUCCCCAUCCGCUACUUCGCCGACGCGCCACUGCCGCUGCUCGAGUCCGCGCUGGUGUUCGCCAAGGAGCACGUGGUGGAGGAACCGGAGCUCUUCCUCUAUACGGGGGACCACGCGGCGCACGGGCAGUUCACGGAUGAAUAUAUUGCCAAGGCGGUGGAGACGAACGUUCACGCUAUGGAGAAUUAUUACCCGCCGAAGGGAGAGCACAGCGACAUGCUGGAGGCCACCGCCAUCAUUGGCAACGCAGACGGGAACCCGGACUACCACAUGGAGGUGACCGACCCGGAGAAGGAGGCAAACCCGUCCAUUGAGGUCAUCUCGACGGUGUGGGAGGACUCGCUGUCGGCUGCCAAUAUGGAGCUGCUGAACCAUCGAGGGUAUCUGAGUUACCCUCUGGAUGACAAACUCACUGUGAUCACGCUGAACACGGUGCCCUACUCGCCGAGUCACUUGCCCGAUACGUCGCACCAGCCGGACCCGUUUGGGCAGUUCGCGUGGCUCGACAAGAUCCUUGCUGAGCUGCAGAGUGCUGGGAAGUUCGCGUAUAUUGCUGGGCACAUUGCUCCGAUCGUGGACUCGUACGGAGGCAAUCCGCAGUGGCAUACCAAGUACAUUGCCAAGUACAAGCAGAUUGUGGGCAAGUAUGCCGACGUGAUCAAGGCGCAGUUCUUCGGUCAUGUACACAGCGUCGAGUUCCGUGUGCCCGUGGCGUCACUUGAUAGAGAAGACAACGCCUUCCAGCUGCUGCCGAUGUACAUUACGGGCUCGAUCUCGCCCCUCUUCGGCAACAACCCGUCCUUUAUGGUUUGGGACUACGAUACCGAGACGUAUGAGAUUCUAGAUUACGCUGUGUACGCUUCCGACAUUGCCGAGACCGAACCACAGCUGGACUGGAAGCUUCUGUUCAAGGCCAGUGAGGCGUACGGGCUCAAAUCGCUCUCCUUGACCGAGCUUACGUCAUUCGUGCAGCGCGUGGAACAGAACGCGAGCCUGGUGGAGGAGUACUACUGGAACAUGAAGGCCCGUUCGCCCAACGCCCGCCCCUGCAAGGACGCUGAGUGCCAUGCCAAGACCCUG